UCUCCAAUAACAGCUCUUUAUACACCACUCCCUCAUUCCUUCUUCCCCAACUCCCUCAAACCGCCUUUUACACACCCCUAAUAUUCUCGUCCGUUUCCCUCACUUUACCUCUUAAGAAUCUCUCUCUCUCUCUCUCUGAAAAAAACUGAUAAAUUACGGUGGUUCAUAUUCUUGUUUUGAUUUUCCUCCAAGCCAAACAUGUGGUCGCGGCAGUACGGCAAGUCUGACGUGGAGAGCGGCGCCAGGCCGCUGUACCCGAUGAUGCUCGAGAGUCCGGAACUCCGUUGGGCUUUCAUUCGGAAAAUAUAUUCCAUCUUAUCGCUACAAUUGCUCGCCACCAUAGCCGUCGCCACCACCGUCGUCUCCGUUCGUCCGAUUGCGCACUUCUUUUCUACCACUACUACUGGCUUAGCUCUCUACAUCGUCUUGAUUAUCACCCCCUUCAUCAUUCUAUGCCCGUUGUACUACUAUCACCAGAGGCAUCCGGUUAACUACUUUCUUCUUGGGAUUUUCACAAUCACUCUUGCAUUUGCGAUUGGAUUGACCUGUGCAUACACCAGCGGGAAAGUAAUAUUGGAGGCUGUAAUCCUGACUGCUGUGGUGGUAGUGAGCCUAACUUUAUACACAUUUUGGGCUGCAAAGAGAGGCCAUGAUUUCAACUUCCUUGGACCUUUCCUUUUUGGAGCUGUGCUUGUUCUCAUUGUUUUUUCGAUGAUUCAGAUUCUGUUUCCGCUGGGUAGAACCUCCUUGAUGGUAUAUGGGUGUUUGGCAUCAAUAAUAUUCUGUGGAUACAUCAUAUACGACACCGAUAACUUGAUCAAACGCUAUUCUUACGACGAAUACAUUUGGGCCUCUAUCUCCUUGUAUUUGGAUGUUGUCAACCUCUUCCUUGCUCUGCUAACCGUUUUCAGAGCUGCUGAUAGCUGAGCCUGUCGCUACUCAUGUAUCUGUACCUCUUAUCAGCCCUCCCUUUCUCUUCUCUCUCUGGUUAAACACCGAAUUGUUAAAAAGCAGUAGAUUUUUUGUUUUUAGUUGUAGAUGUCAAAGUCGUGGACAGCUAUGAUUCCGUCGAAUUUGGAUGAACAGUUCUUGGAAUAGUAACAUUUUUGUUGGCUUGCAAAUUGUAUUGUGCCCCGUCUCAAUUGACGUUUGCGUGCCUUCAAAAUAAUUCGUGUCAAGUAAAAUUGAAUAUAUUUCGUAUUGUGCUUUUA